CCUGAUUGUCAUAGUAACAAGAAGCUAUCUGGAGAUCAUACUGCAGGCCAAAAUGUCUGAUCCAGCAGUAACAGAUGUAUCAGGGGAAGAUAAAAUUGAUGAGGAUGCCAAAAGUAUUAAGAGUGGACCCAAAAGUCAGCCUGGUUCUAAACAACCAUCUAGAGCUGGGUCUGCUCAAUCAGGAAAGAGUGGGAAAAGUAGUGGUAGGCCAGCUAUGGCAGCAACUCCUGCUGGAUCUGCAAGGGGAGAUAAUCCUGCAGCUGACUGGAGACAGAUGAGGAGAAUCAUAGCAGAAGAUCCAGCAUAUUCAUUGGCUACUGUCCCAUUACUGGUUGAUCUAUGUAUCAAACAUAUAGUUACACAUUUUGAAAAUAACUCUACAAUUCUGAAUGACCUUCCACUAAGGUACAAGUCUAAAGUGUUGGACAAAAUCUCCACUGACAUACCUUUGAAGAUAACUGCUAAUCUGGUACAGGAAGAAGAUUACUGGAAGAGAUGCUGCAAAGCAAGAUGGGAAAUUUGUGAUGUGUCCCAGUAUGGUAGCAACUGGAAAAGAAUGUAUUUCGAGAGAAACCUCCAACAAAUCGUAGAAAAUUUUGUACCAGAGACAACAGAUCCAAAUGAAUUAAAUCAAACUCUGCCAUUGUCUGCCAACUAUGUCAAAAAGUUAGAUGUCCAACAGUUACUUCCCCCUGUAAGAGAAGCCCCAAAAGGUCCUGAUUUUGAUGAUGCAUCAGAUGCUGGCAGUGAUGCUGGUGAUGAACCAGAGUGUGAUCAUUUCAACUUUGCUCCAGUAUUAAAAUGUCUGACAAAUUUGGAAGAAUUGCAUCUUACAUAUGGUGUCAGUGAUUGUGGUAUGAACUUUGAAUGGAACUUGUUUAAAUUCACUGCUAGAGACUGUUUACAACUUGCUCAAUGUGUUGCUGCUUGUAAACAUCUUAAAGUGUUCCAUCUUAGUAGAAGCACAUUAGAUGAUGACAAAACAAGAGUACUGAUUAGUCAUAUCCUAGACCAUCCAAGUCUGAUAACUCUGGAUCUAUCCCACAAUACAAUAAGCGAUCGAGGAGCAAGGGCCAUUGGGAAAUUCUUGAACAAUCGUAGUCAGCUAGUAAGCCUGAAUUUAUGUGACAAUGACAUUAAAGUGCUAGGGGCUCAGGCUAUUGCCCAUGCCCUGACCAAAAACACAACAUUACAAAACCUCAACCUUAGAUUGAAUAGAUUAGGAGAUGAAGGGGCAUCUGCAAUUUCCAGAGCUUUACAGAGAAACUCAACAUUACAGAAAAUCAAUCUAGGUAGUAAUGAGUUUGGGGAAGCAACAGCCCCUUUCCUUCAGGAAGUUAUUAUGCAGAAUACAACACUCAAGUCAAUGGAUUUGUCAUGCAAUAAACUUGGUCCUGAGGGUGGAAAACAGAUCCAAGAAGGUAUGGAAGUAAACACAACCGUCACACACAUGGAUCUUCGUAUUACAGACUGUGGGCAAGAGGCUGAAUACUGCAUCCAACAGAUUCUCCAUAGGAAUAAAGAAACUGAGAGACAAAGCAAAAUACAGGACAAUAGUGGCAGAAUAUGGAAGAGACUUCCUCCUCAGGCUGCUCACAGAUUUAAACCUGAAGUUCCUUCCAUUACUGUAUCAUAAAGAAAUAAAAGAAAAUGACAGAGACCUGGAAAAAAACAUCUUUGUAAAUUUAAAUGAAGUUUUUGAUAUUGUGACUUUAAAGUUCUGUGAUAUACAAAUAGAAUUGUAAAUUUGUUAUUAUGAAUAUGAUAAAUUAUAUAGUUUAUA